CGCGCAUAGCCGCGGACGCCGGGGGGAGUGGGCGGGAGCUGUGCGCGUGCGUAGCGGCCAGGAAGCUGGACCUCAGAGGGGGUGUCUUGCGUUGGUAUGGCGGAGGCACGGCCUGGGGCAGGUGCAUUGAAUUUCAAUCCUGAUGCUGCUGAUUCCAUUCCAGGAGAAGGACAACCUACAGAUAUAAACUGGGUAAACAAAGAUAGGAAAGACUCUAACAGUAAUCAGAGUAGAAGUAAUUUACCAUUUCCUAGUCUGUCUUGUGAAAGAGGUACAGAUUAUGAAAGCUCUUCCACAAAGCGUCAUGGCUUUUGUAAUCCAGAACGUCAGUAUGGGAAUUCCGAAGACUUCCAUGAAUAUUUUGGUACCAGUAAAAGUUUGAAGAAUCGCAACUUGCAAAGCCAGAGAUGGCACAGAUCAAGAAACGAUAGCACAUGUACUAGAAGUAAGAUAAGGCAAAGUACUGCUGAUGCUGCUGCAGGUCCAGGAAUUUCAGAUGCUGCAAUAGCACCUGGGAGAAGAGCACCUCCUAGAGGAUGCAAUGACUUUUUCUCCUCGGAGAGUGACAGGGAGUUACCUAACGCAGAUAGCAGAGGAGCAAAGCCAAAGAAAACACAUCUGAUGCAUGCAUCUGGAAGAGGUUUCAGGGAGAAGGGAAAGCAAGUACAUGACCGGGAAAAGAGAGUGGGCUCUAAACAGAAAGUAGAGCUGUUUGAAAAUGUUCCAUCUUUGGAUUUGACUCAGUCUGACUCUUCAGAAUCAUCUGUUGGAAAGGCAUUCUGUGAUGCACCUGUUGGUAGUGGGGAUGAGCAGAAAGGCUACAAUUAUGUAAACAAAAGAUAUCCCCGGAAGCCUGUGUGGAAUAAACCUCCAGUAGAAAAGGAUUGUCAGAAGAGACAUGAUUCUCACCGUAGUAAAAAUGCAAAAGUAGGUAAGAAGUCUUCUCUUGCAUAUACUCCAAAAGAUAAAAAUGAGAGGAAGAAAGAAUUCUCUGUUCACAAAAAUGAUGAAAACCUGACAAGUGAAAUCAGGCAUCAAUUGUCUGAUUCUGUUAAAUGUAACGGAAGAAAGUUCCUGCUAAAGGGGGAUCAAGCACCUGCACUUCAUUUCAGCUGGACCCAGUACUGGAAGAAGCAAAGUGACGUACCAAAAAACAAAGAAACUCAUACAGGGUCACUGAUUGAACAACUGACCACAGAGAAGUAUGAAUGCAUGGUAUGCUGUGAGGUGGUCCGAAUAGUAGCCCCAGUGUGGAGCUGUCAGAACUGUUACCAUGUGUUCCACCUGAAUUGCAUUAAGAAAUGGGCGCGAUCACCAGCUUCACAAGCUGAAGAUGGUAAUAGUGGUUGGAGAUGUCCAGCUUGUCAGAAUGCUUCUACGCAAGUUCCAAAAACUUACACUUGUUUCUGUGGUAAGGUACACAAUCCUGAAUGGAAUAGAAAUGAAAUCCCACAUAGCUGUGGGGAACUUUGUGGAAAGAAGAGACAGUGUUUAGACUGUCCACAUCUUUGUAACAUCCUAUGCCAUCCUGGACCUUGCCCUUCAUGUCCAGCCUUUGUGACAAAAACAUGUGAAUGUGGACAAACAAGUCAUUCAGUUCGCUGUGGCCAAUCAACAAAAAUUCAUUGUUCUAAUGUAUGUGGAAAUACUUUAAACUGUGGUAAGCACAGCUGUACUCAAGUGUGCCAUGCAGGAAAAUGUUCACCUUGCCAAUUAACAGUACAGCAAGUGUGUUACUGUGGAAGCAACUUUAAAGAAGUAUUGUGUGGGACAAAGGAAGAAUUCUCUGAUGGAUUUGGGAAUUUCUCAUGUCAGAAUAUAUGUGGCAAAAAAUUAAAUUGUGGGAGGCACAACUGUACACAAGUAUGCCAUCCUCAGCCUUGCCCCCUCUGUCCACGGCUUCCACAAGUAGUGUAUCGCUGUCCCUGUGGUCAGACUCCUCUCAGCAAGUUACUGGAACUAGGUUGUGUUGAACGUAAAAUAUGCACAGACCCUAUCCCAUCGUGUGGAAAAACAUGUGGCAAACCUCUUUCUUGUGGUAGCUAUGAGUUCAUUCAUACAUGUGAAAGCCUUUGCCAUGAAGGAGACUGUAGACCUUGUUCUCACACAUCAAAUAUUUAUUGUAGGUGUGGCUUCAAAAAAAAGGAAGUCCCAUGUUCUCUACUCAGAAAUAAAGCUGCCAUUACGUUCAUGUGUGACAAGCGAUGCAACAAGAAAAGAUCAUGUGGACGACACAAGUGUAAUGAAGUUUGCUGUGUGGACACAGAACAUAAGUGUUCUUUGGUUUGUGGUCGUAAACUCAACUGUGGGCUUCAUAGAUGUGAAGAACCCUGUCAUCGGGGCAGUUGUCAAACAUGCUGGCAAACAAGUUUUGAUGAGUUAACUUGUUAUUGUGGUGAAUCUGUGAUUUACCCCCCUGUCCCCUGUGGCACUCAGCCACCAGAGUGUAAAAAAACAUGCACCAGGCCACACGACUGCGAUCAUCCAGUGUACCAUUCAUGUCACAGUGAGGAAAAAUGUCCACCCUGUACCUAUCUCACUCAGAAGUGGUGUAUGGGCAAGCAUGAACUGCGAAGUAAUAUUCCUUGUCAUCUCACUGACAUUUCCUGUGGACUUCGCUGCAAUCAAAUGUUAAAAUGUGGAAUGCACAAAUGUAAAAGAAUCUGUCAUAAAGGAGAAUGUCUUAUAGAUGAAGAGUGUAAACAGCCAUGUGUUAUUCCAAGGCUAUAUUGUAAUCACCCCUGUAUGGCUCCAUGUCAUCCUUCUUCACCCUGCCCGACAACAUCCUGCUCUGCAAAGGUUGAUCUUCAGUGUGAAUGUGGAAGAAGAAAAGAGAGUAUGAUUUGCUCAGAAGCAUCUAAUACAUAUCAAAGAAUAGCUGCUAUAUCUAUAGCCACUAAGUUAACAGAUCUACAGCUGGGAGAUUCAGUGGAGAUCAGUAGACUUAUUACAAAAAAAGAAAUGAAGCAGGCCAGGUUGCAAUGUGAUGAAGAAUGCUUAGCUCUUCAGAGGAACAGGCGUCUUGCUGAAGCUCUUGAAAUAGAUGAUAAUUCUGAUCCUUUUAACAUCCGUUCUUCUGGACCAAAGUACAGUGACCUUUUAAAAGAAGAUGCAAGGAAGGAUUUAAAAUUUGUGAGUGAUAUUGAGAAGGAAAUGAGAAUGCUUGUGGAAGCUGUGAAUAAGGGCAAGAAUACAAAGAAGAGCCAUUGUUACCCACCAAUGAACAGAGAUCACCGCAGAAUCAUCCAUGAAUUAGCUCAGGUUUAUGGCAUUGAAAGUGUGAGCUAUGACAACGAACCAAAGCGUAAUGUUGUUAUCACUGCAGUGAAAGGGAAAUCCAUUUGUCCAAGCAAUACCUUAACUUCUGUGCUAGAUAAAGAAAUGCAGAGCAGGCCUCCACCACCUAUUCCUCAUUACAAACAAACAGAUAAGAGUUGUGGAACCAGUGGUUUAUCCAAACCAUUAAAAGAAGAGCCGAUAAUUGACUACUUUGAUGUCCAGGACUGAAGUGAUUGAUGUAGAAUUAUGAUACAGAAGCUUAGAGGUGAAGAUACUAAAUUAUUGUGUGAGGUAUUUUUUGGUUAUCUGUCAAAUGAUCAAUUGUUCAGCAUAUUAGUGAUUUAACAUCUAAAGUUAGAUUGGUUGUGAUACUUUUAAAAGUUAGGCAUUUUUACAGUUUAUGUAACUACAUAAUACCUAACAGUAGUAUAGCUUUUUAAACCUGGGUUUGGUGCAAUUUUUUAUCUGAUGUGCUGUCAGAAUGAUGUAGAUUUGCAUUGAUGCCUUUAAAGUGAGAGAACUGGUAAUCAAAUAUAUUUUUGGGGGUAGUAAGAACAACGAAAAAAACUUAUUUUGACAUGUCCCACACAACUUAAAAUGGGCUAGAAAUAAUCUGUGUUAAAAGUACUGAUGGGAAUAUUCUUAAAGUGUUUUCAUAUGUUAUUAAUUAAUUUUUGUGUUAAUGUGGUAAAAUUAAGAAUAUAUACACUAAAUGCCCAUUAAGAGCACAGACUUCCUUUGUUAUCUGAAGAACCAGGGUUUGGGGAAGAUGGAGAAUUAAGACUUAUUUUGCUUUAUCUCAAGUUUGAUGUGUAAAACAAAAACAAACAAACAAAACAAAAAAAAUCCAAAACCAAGCAAAACAAAAAAAAAUCCACCCCUAAAAAAACAGCCCAGGAAAAUAAUUAAUACUUUGUUAUUCAAGACCUUGAACAAAAUCAGACUUUGUUUAUUAUUUUGGUGUUCUGUUUGGUUUAAUUUAUAUUUAGAUAUGUUAGUUUGAUGGUCUUAUGAUUUGGGGGUUUUUUUUGCAUGGUUUUACUGGGAGUUUGUAAUCUUUUUCUCUACUGUGCAAGCUUAAGGUGAAUGUGUGGAGUUUGGUUUAAGUGUGUUAUGAAUUUGGAACAAUAUUUGUAAAAUUUAUAAGACAAUCUGUCUAAAAUGUUUGGCACUGGAAGAUCUCUGUUGUAUGGGAAAUGCUUUUUGUUUGUACAAAAUGGGAUGAUGGUUUCAACAGUGAAAGAUACCAAAGUUGGUCUCAUAGAUGGUGAGUUGUUUUCAGGUGAUGAGUUAAGGUAGGUGAGUAGCUCUCUGCGAGAGGAGAUUGUAGGUCUGAUUCGAAGAAGUGGCACAGCUCUGAAUUUGAGUAAUAACUGUUCACUUGAAGAGAAGGUUUUUUACAUUAAUAACUUCAUUAACUUUGAUGCCGAUGCACUCCGUUUCUUGUUCAUUGUGGCUGGCUACAUGUAGCACUAGAGGUGAGUGCCCUGUACAGCUUCGGAGGCUGCUGCUAAAAAGGGUUUAGCAUACUGAAGAAAGAGAUCUAGCAGAAGACUUGUUAUCUGUUGCUGAUUUAAUUUUCAGCCAGCUCACUAUGGUGUAGUGUAAGAUUUGUUGACAAGGAAAUGGAAGAAGGCAGUUAUCCAUGCUUAGAUUCACUUACAGUUAGCACAUGACCCUGAGCCUUAACUGUGAAGCCGUCUGUGGCUACAUUUCAUCUUCAACACCUUGUGAAACGUGAAGGAAUGAGGAGCAAACCUUGCAGACCAUAUUUAUUCCCCAAAAUGUUUUGAAAAUUAAAAUGCAUGCUGUUAUUGCCUAUUUUUGUAGGAGCUUAUUAUUUCACUUUUAAAAAAAUAUGCGCUCUUACAUGUUUCUAAGCAUUUGAAAUGCAUAUGUUUCAGAUAAAACAGUUACCAGAAGGACUUUCAAUCCUCAAGUGUUUAGGCUUUUAGUUUGCAUGUAGUUGUUUAAAUUGGUUUCACCUUUUUUGCUUAAUAUUUUGUGAAUGGAAAUGAAAAAUAAAUUAACAUAUCUUAUAUUGCCCUUAAUUUCUUAAGCAAAUUAAUGUUUGAUUCUACAAGGUGUACCGCUUUGCUGAGUUCAGCUGAUGAAAUAAGUUGCUCAGCAUCUUUCCAGGAAUGUAUUUCUUCAGUCCCUUUGUUGUGAGGAGUGAAUCUAUUCCAGUGCUUGCAGACAAGUGCCAGCUCAAUGUGGCCAGACAAAGGCUAAUUCUGGUUUUGAAACUAAACCAUGUUAAUAUAGUACUGUUUUCAAGCUAGUUAGGGAGAUUGCACAUAAUUAUACUGCAAAGGUAGCUUCUGGACAAGAGCUGGCACACACGUCCAGUGAGCUGAGAGUUUAUAGUUAGGUGGACGUACACUGGAGUACACGCGGUUGGUAUACCAUAGGUAGACCUAACAUUACAGAAAACCAAAGUGAUUUAGUUGAUAAUAAAUAGAAUAAAGCUGAAACCUAUUAACACAGUUGCACAUGAAUAUAGCUAAAACUUCACGUUUGCACCUCUGAUUUGAAAUUUAAAACUUAAAAGGCUUUAAUGACAUAAUAUUUAGCUCUGCGCUUCGAAAUUUUUGUCAGAUUAUGGCUUUAACGUAAAAAUGUGAACCUUGGUGGUGAGAUGCACUUCAGCUGUCAAGUGCUUUGCCACUGCUUUUAGUAAGAAAAGCCAGGUAGUCUUCAGCUUCUCUAGAUGAGACGAAUAAUUAUUACCGAAUCUGUUCAUACUGAGAAGUCAUAAUUCUCAUCACUAAACCUCUUAACUACAUGAAUGUUAAAACGUUUUUAUAGAUCUGUAUGUUACACAUCUCUAAAUCGUGGCUCUCGGAACAUAUCUGUAGUUAUGAAGCAAGUCACGUGUACAGAAGCAUUUAUUUUGAAAUGCAUUUUAAUAACUUGGUUAAAAACAUGACACCAUACAUUUACCCUGGAAAGUAAUACCAAAAAGAAAGUAUUGAUGUCUUUCUUACCAGAACAUAGUUACAUAGCCUUAAGAAGGAACUCAGCAAAGUUUAACAGUGGUGCUCUCCUCUCUGUUCUGGUUUGCUUUUGCUGCAAUGUAUCUGUGACUUUCAUAUGGAAUAGUACUAAAGCAGUAGUUUUGAUAUCUGUGAUAACUCAUCAUCAUAUUGCAUGUGUGCCUCAUGGAAAUAUUUUUCAAAUAGCUAUUUUGUAAAUCUGAGCUGGCCUUUACAGCUUUUAUCUAAUAGAAAAAUGAGUGGAUAAAAGAAAUCUUUGCAUCAAUGAAGUCAGUGGCAAAAAUCGCAUUGAUAUCAGUGGAACCAAGACUUAAGCUUUGGUAUGCUAGUCAUUUUCCACAGUCCUAAGAAUAAUAUUGUUUCUUGUAAAUUUAUUUGAAAAAAGUACUCUGCAAUAAACAUAUUUUGAAAUAAAUGGUGUCAGUUGGAAUUCAUGCAACUUCAUGAGAUGCUUUUAAAACUGUGUAUAAAAUAGGCAGAUACUUUGGCAUUUUGUCUGUGCUAUUACCUAUCUAUAUUGUUUAACAUGUUUAAAGCGCUCUGAAUCUUCAGUGCUUGGGUUUAACCUAAAGUUGUGCAAGAUGCGUAAGUAGACUUCAAAACCACUGUUUCUAUGGCAGUUUUGUACCAUAUCUGCUGCAUAAUGAAAUGAGCAAAGUAAAACUGUUCCAAAACAUUUAUUCUUAAGUUAUUUGUUGAAAGGCGUAUAUUUCACUUGAUUUUUUCAAGUUAAUGGUAUAAAAUUACUUUCUUUAUGAAUCUGAAAUAAAUCUAAGUCCAGUGCUUUAGAAUUGUUUGCCAGCUUUGUUUUGGUAUUCCAAAGUUGGAAGACUGGGUUAUCACAGAGAAACAAUGAAGAUUUAAAUGGAAGUUUCGAGAGUACUUUUCCUAAAAUUUUGAAGUAUGAGGUGUGAUUCCUGGAUUUGAAGUGAUUUUAAAUGAAUGCUGUAAGGAGAGCGAAGCAAGUAAAGAGGGACUCCCCAGGGAAUGGAAAGUAAGGAUUAUCUGCUGCCUUCUUGGGAUUCAGAAGUACAGGAGAGGUGAUUAUGUGACUAGAAAUGUACAUGUUGGUUAUCUGAAAAACUAUAUACUGUGUCAGCAUAAAUGCUACUUGGUAAUAAAGUGUAUGAUUUUAA